AUGUCUGAGGACGGAGAUAAUUUAAAAGCAGAAGAGGGAAUAUAUAAAUUUCAAAGACUAAUUUUUAUUGGUCUAGCAGCUGGACUAGGAGGAUUUCCAAUAGGUUACAAUUUAGGAAUAGUAGCAGGAGUUUAACUAUACAUGAGUAAUGAUUAUCCUGAUGUUACUGUAGACUAAAAGGCUAAAUUUGUUAGUUUGGCUCUUCUUGGUUCUGCUUUCACAUCAUUUAUUGCUGGGAUCGUAACAAAUAAAAUUGGGAGGAAAUUAACGAUUUUGGGGGCAGACUUUUUGUUUAUUGCUGGAUCAUUGGUUUUAAUGAUGUCUGUACAUGUGAUGCUUUUAUAUCUAGGAAGAUUUUUAAUUGGUAUGGCUAUUGGCUUUACUAUAGAGCUAGAUAAACAUUUUAAGCAACUUCAAGCUGAAUGUGAUGAAGCUAAUAAUGAAGUUAGCAUUAUAUAGGGAGUAAUUGAGCUGGUUACGAUUUACAGAAGAAAUCUACUCAUAGGUGUAGCCCUCUAAUUCCUAUAAUAACUAACUGGAAUUAAUAUCAUACUCUUCUAUGGACCAAGCAUUUUAAAGGAUUCUGGAUUUGCUGGAGUAUCAGAAUAAAGCUUGCUAGGAAGUAUGCUUUUUCUCAGUGUUAUGUUUUUGAUUGGGAAUUUAACAUACUUUAUCGUCUCAACAAGAAUAGGAAGAAAAAAGCUUAUGAUGCUAUGCAUGAUACCAAUGGGUUUCUCAAUAUUAGCAAUUGAGAUCAUGACAAUAAUAAAUCAAUUCAGUUCUGGUGGUUUCAAAUGUAAAACAAAUUUUGAUAAGAAUAUUUAGUUGGAGGAUGGAUAUGUAUAAUCAGUUUGUCGGUUUUUUUAAUAUUUUACGCAAUUGGCUUUGCUUCUCAACCUUGGGCUAUUUGUACUGAAAUCUUUCCAGUAAUACCUCCUUUAUUUUUAAUAACGAUCAAAAUUUAUAUAGAAUCACAUUAGAAGCAAUGCAAACUCAAUUACAACAAUCACAAACUGGCUGACAAACUAUUUCUUAGCUUCAGUAUUCAUAAAAAUCAAUGAUGGUGAGAUUGGAAAAAUAGUGGGGUAUUCAAUCCUUGUUUUCUUCAAUUUCUUCAUUUUCUUCUUUUUAUAAAGAUACGUAGUGGAUACUGCUGGGAAAUCCCUUGAAGAGUGUGUGAAUCUGUAUAAAUUUGAAAUCGUUGAGGAAGGGCCGAAAAGAAGGCGAAGAAGAAAGUAACCUAACGUUAACAAAUAGGUUGGAGGCAAUGAUUUUUAAGAUUAGGAAAAUGGGCUUUUGGAUAAAAGAUAAAACUCUCAAAAUACCCCAGGAUAAGUUCAAAUGACUUAGAAAAAGAAGGUAAAAAGGAAUGAUUUUUGA